AUGAUUGGUUUGCCGACGGAUACCAUCUAUGGUUUGGCCGUUUCGGCGACCAAUGACUGUGCGAUCAAACAGUUAUACGAUCUCAAGACACGCGACUCAUGCAAACCAAUCGCCAUCUGUGUGUCAGAUGUGCACGAAAUCGGCAAAUGGUGUGAACUGACGGUCACCGAAGAGCUGUUGGACGACUUACUUCCCGGUGCCGUCACUCUCGUCUUCAAGAGAUCUGCUCAACUCAACGCUAACCUCAAUCCGGGCCACGAGUUGGUGGGCAUCAGAAUACCCGACCAUAACUUUAUACGCGAUUUGUGUCGACUCUGCGGUCCGUUAGGUCUCACUUCGGCUAAUAUCUCGUCGGAGACCAGUUGUCUGACUGUCAAUGAGUUCAGUCAUCUGUGGCCACAGUUGGCGGCCGUCUUCGAUGGCGGCCAACUCGGGCGAUGCGAUCCGCAGCGGUUGGGCUCCACUGUCGUCGACCUCUCCGUUAAGAACUCUUUCAAAAUCAUACGAAACGGAUGCGCUCUCAACACUACACUGGAAGUGCUUCAAAACAAACACCAUUUCAUGAGAUUAUGA